UUUUCCGGCGCAGAGUCUGCGGAGGGACCCUGCUGUGUCGGAGGACGGCACCUGUCAGACACGCAGACCCAGCGGAGGGGGCUCAGCACGCUCCAGAGAGGCUGCCCUGCCUUGCUCCUGCUCACCGGUGCUGGCUCCGGCGUGCAGAAAAGUUUCAUUUGCCCUGUGCCAUCCUCCAGAGCUGUCUACAUUAGACAGUGGCACUCUGCAUGCAACUCCAGUUGUCUUGUCACCAAAGGUGCUGUGUGUAGCUGCUUCUUUGAUUGAAUUCCCAACCUCUCCUUGAGCAUAAGGUGACAGGAUGUCUCAGUGGUAUGAACUUCAGCAGCUUAACUCCAAAUUCCUGGAGCAAGUUCACCAGCUUUAUGAUGACAGUUUUCCCAUGGAAAUCAGACAGUACCUGGCCCAGUGGCUAGAAAAGCAAGACUGGGAGCACGCUGCCAAUGAUGUUUCAUUUGCCACCAUCCGUUUCCAUGACCUCCUGUCACAGCUAGAUGAUCAAUACAGUCGCUUUUCUUUGGAGAAUAAUUUUUUGUUGCAGCAUAACAUAAGGAAAAGCAAGCGUAAUCUUCAGGAUAAUUUUCAAGAAGACCCAAUACAGAUGUCUAUGAUCAUCUGUAACUGUCUGAAGGAAGAAAGGAAGAUUUUGGAAAAUGCCCAGAGAUUUAAUCAGGCUCAGGCAGGGAAUAUUCAGAACACCGUGAUGCUAGACAAACAGAAGGAGCUUGACAACAAAGUUAGAAAUGUGAAGGAUCAGGUUAUGUCUAUAGAACAUGAAAUCAAGACCCUAGAAGAUUUACAAGAUGAAUAUGACUUUAAAUGCAAGACCUUGCAGAAUAGAGAACAUGAAACCAAUGGUGCAGCAAAGAAUGACCAGAAACAGGAAGAGCUCUCUCUCCAGAAGAUGUUUUUAAUGCUUGACCAUAAGAGAAAGGAAAUAGUUCACAAAAUUCGAGAGCUGCUGAAUAUCACUGAACUUACCCAGAAUGCCCUGAUUAAUGAUGAGCUAGUGGAGUGGAAGCGGAGACAGCAGAGUGCCUGUAUUGGGGGGCCACCCAAUGCUUGCCUUGAUCAGCUGCAGAACUGGUUCACCAUAGUUGCAGAGAGUCUGCAGCAGGUUCGUCAGCAGCUAAAAAAGCUGGAGGAACUGGAGCAGAAGUACACCUACGAUCACGACCCUAUCACAAAAAAUAAAAAGGUGUUAUGGGAACGCACUUUCAGCCUCUUCCAGCAGCUCAUUCAGAGUUCAUUUGUGGUGGAGAGACAGCCAUGCAUGCCGACUCAUCCUCAGAGGCCACUGGUCUUGAAGACGGGGGUACAGUUCACUGUGAAAUUGAGACUGUUGGUGAAAUUGCAAGAGCUGAAUUAUAAUUUGAAAGUCAAAGUCUUAUUUGACAAAGAUGUGAAUGAGAGAAACACUGUAAAAGGAUUUAGGAAAUUCAAUAUUUUGGGGACACACACGAAAGUGAUGAACAUGGAGGAAUCCACCAAUGGAAGUCUGGCGGCUGAAUUCCGACACCUGCAACUGAAAGAGCAGAAAAAUGCUGGCAACAGAACUAAUGAGGGUCCUCUUGUUGUCACUGAAGAGCUUCACUCCCUUAGUUUUGAAACUCAGUUGUGCCAGCCUGGCCUGGUCAUUGACCUCGAGACGACCUCGCUGCCCGUCGUGGUGAUCUCCAACGUCAGCCAGCUCCCUAGUGGUUGGGCCUCCAUCCUGUGGUACAACAUGCUGGUGGCGGAACCCAGGAAUCUGUCCUUCUUCUUGAACCCACCAUGUGCACGAUGGUCUCAGCUCUCAGAGGUACUGAGUUGGCAGUUUUCAUCCGUCACCAAGAGAGGUCUCAACGUGGACCAGCUGAGCAUGUUGGGAGAGAAACUUCUGGGUCCUAAUGCUGGCCUGGAUGGUCUUAUUCCGUGGACCAGGUUUUGUAAGGAAAAUAUUAAUGAUAAAAAUUUUUCCUUCUGGCUUUGGAUUGAAAACAUCCUAGAACUCAUUAAAAAACACCUGCUGUCUCUCUGGAAUGAUGGGUGUAUCAUGGGCUUUAUCAGCAAGGAGCAAGAACGCGCUCUGCUCAAGGACCAGCAGCCGGGGACAUUUCUGCUGCGGUUCAGCGAGAGCUCCCGGGAAGGGGCCAUCACAUUCACAUGGGUGGAGCGGUCCCAGAAUGGAGGUGAACCUUACUUCCAUGCGGUUGAACCCUACACAAAGAAAGAACUUUCUGCGGUUACUUUUCCUGAUAUAAUUCGCAAUUACAAAGUCAUGGCUGCUGAAAACAUUCCAGAGAAUCCCCUGAAGUAUCUGUAUCCAAAUAUUGACAAAGACCAUGCCUUUGGAAAGUACUACUCCAGGCCAAAGGAAGCACCAGAACCAAUGGAACUUGACGGCCCUAAAGGAACUGGAUACAUCAAGACUGAGUUGAUUUCUGUGUCUGAAGUUCACCCUUCUAGACUUCAGUCCACAGACAACCUGCUCCCCAUGUCCCCUGAGGAGUUUGAUGAGGUAUCCCGGAUAGUGGGCAAUGUGGAAUUCGACACUAUGAUGAAUGCAGUAUAGAGCAUGAAUUUUUCUCAUCUUCUCUGGCGACAUUUUUCUCUUCCCAUCUGUGACUCCUUCCUGCUGCUCUGUUCCUUCACAUCCUAUGUUUCUAGGGAAAUGAAAGAGAGGACAACAAAUUUGCUGCAGCCUAUUGAUAGCAAGUGGAUGUUUCUCUUAUUCAGAAACAUGUUACUCUGAAGGGCUUCAUGCAUUUUAUUGAAGGUGAAAUUGAAAGGCACUCUCCACAGAGUGGAUUUUGCAAAUGAAAAACAUCCAUAUGCACCCAAAGCAUCAGGACUAGAAUGAGAGACCUUUGGGAAAGGUGAGAAGUUUGGCAACAAUUUAGCAAAUGCUGUGCAUGAAAUCAGUGCCCAGCUGUUACAGGUUGUUGGAUAGAUAUUGGUUACUUGGGAACUCUUGAUGUAGAAAAAGAAAAUUUCCAUUCUGCUUUAAAUAUGGCUGAAAGUCUAUUGUUUUGCCAAUGAAAUAGUUCAAAGCCAAGUUUAUGUAAAAUUAUAUAUCAAUACUUUAUCAAAAGUAGCCUUCUUGCAUCUGGGUAGGAGAAAAAGAAGUUGUGCUCUUCAUUUUAAUUAUAUCUUCCACACUGGCCAUUUAAAACUGGAGAAAAAUUCUUUUUUUCUAGAAGAGAAUUAGCUUUUGUGUUGGUUAUGGCUGAAUAAUAUUGGCUGUUAUCAAUAGAAGGAAGUACAUUUUCUAAAUUCAUAAAUAGAGUUUUCUGUUUAAUAUUUAAUAUUCAGAGCUUAGUGUGUUUCACCUUCAUCCUGGUCACUGGUGAAUGAAAUUGUCUUUGCCCUUCCAUGAAGGGAGCCAAGCUCUUAACAACAGCCCUCUUAAGGCAGAUCUCUUUAUUUUUUAAAACAUUGAAAUUAAUUACAGACGGAGAUAAACCCAGGAAUUUAAUUCAUGUUUCUUAAAUGGGUUCAUUUGUUUUUACUGUUAUUAGCUGGUAUUUAGUCUAUUAGCCAUAAAAUUGAGAAAGGAGUAGAAAACGUAGUUACUGACAACUUGAAUCAUUAACCAUAGAUAACAUGAAAAUCAAAUUAUUUCAGAACUCAUGUCCUAUGUAACUGCACGGAGAACUGCAUAUUUUUCACUGAUAAAUGUGAUUUUCUGACAAUUAUGUUUGCAAAUGGUUCCAUUAUCUGUCUUGCGGUUUUUCCACAUAGUUUUUUGAAUGGAUGAUGUUUUGUGGAAUGUACUAUUUUUUUGUUUUGUUUUGUUUUGUUUAUAUGGUCUUCUUUCAUUAGUGUGGACACAGAGCAGUGAUAAGGGAUGAGUCCACAGGGUUCUUCUGAAUAACUUUCACAGACCGCUUGUCUGCGUGGCCGCUCUCCUCUCUCCAUUUCCACCACCACAACUAUGUGAUUACAGAAAUGCUGUGUUAUUCUUUGGUGGAGAUAAAUUUUCUUGACAUCUACUUUAUAAUUAAAGCUAAAGUAUAUAUAUAUUACAUUAAAUAUAAUAUGCACACAGUA